AUGGCGAGGAAACCUGACGAGGACUACGAUUACUUAUUCAAAAUUGUACUGAUAGGCGAUUCAGGAGUCGGUAAGACAAAUUUGCUAUCCCGAUUCACCCGAAAUGAAUUCUGCUUGGAAUCUAAAUCAACAAUUGGCGUUGAAUUCGCUACUCGUACCCUCCAGGUCGAGGGAAGAACGGUGAAGGCUCAGCUAUGGGAUACGGCUGGCCAGGAGAGAUACAGAGCCAUAACUAGUGCUUAUUACCGGGGUGCUCUGGGAGCUGUUCUUGUAUAUGAUGUGACAAAACCAACUUCGUUUGAGAAUGUGAGUCGAUGGUUGAAAGAACUUAGGGACCAUGCGGACUCCAACAUUGUUAUCAUGCUUAUAGGAAAUAAGACCGAUCUCAAGCAUUUACGUGCUGUUGCCACAGAGGAUGCUCAGAGUUUUGCAGAGAAAGAGGGCCUUUCUUUCAUUGAAACGUCUGCUUUGGAAGCAACUAAUGUAGAGAAGGCUUUCCAAAUUAUCCUUUCAGAGAUAUACCGUAUAAUUAGUAAGAAGUCACUUUCCUCAGACGAGCCUGCAGCUACUAGUAUCAAAGAAGGGAAGACUCUUGACGUUGGACCUCAAGAGACCAACCUGAAGAAGACGUGUUGUUCUGCUUCCUAA